UAUUAGGAGGAAGAUGAAUAGGGUCGAUGGAGAAAGGGAGGAGUGGAGAAGAGAAGUAAAUGGUUUGUUCUGGAUAGAGCGUUUGUUUCUCUUUCUGGUUUUCGUAUUUCCCACAUACGUCUGUGGCCUCAUCGUCCCUCUCAUUCUCUCCACUACUCUUUUGGCUUUACCCUUCUUCUUAUUCUUCAACCCUAAUCUCUCUUCCGUUGGACCCUCUGGUAUUGGUGGAUUCUGGUUAUUUCUAUUGGACCGCACCACGUUUUACUUAGGCCUCGAGUAUUCCAAACUGUUGGUUGGAGGCUUUGAGCUCACCUUCCUUUGGCGUCUCACCCUUUCCCUCUCCCUUGUGAUCCAUUCCAUCUACAUCGCUGACUACUUCCUUAGAUCUCAUCAAGCCGUACUACCUCCUCCUCAAUCUCGCAAUGUUGAGACUCCGAUUUUCACCGAUGAAGGUGAUGUGCACAAGGAAGUGGAGAAGGUGAAGGCCCAAGAGUCCUACCUUGCCAUGCAAGAAACCUACAAAGAAGCGAAAACUACAGGCGACAAGGCCCAAGAGUCCUACCUUGCCAUGCAAGAAACCUACAAAGAAGCGAAAACUACAGGCGACAAGGCCCAAGAGUCCUACCUUGCCAUGCAAGAAACCUACAAAGAAGCGCAGACUACAGCCGACAAGGCCCAAGAGACCUACCUUGCCAUCCAAGAAACCUACAAAGAAGCGAAGACUACAGCCGACAAAGCCCUCGAGACCUAUCUUAUCUUCCAAGAAGGCCAGAACAAGAGGCGGAUGAUAAGGGGGGAGGAUGUAGAGGGGUUUGUCGAGCUGAGGGAGCAAGUGCGGCGAAUCUCGGUGGAAGCGGAGAACGCAGCGGAGGAGCAGUCUCGUGCAACAGGAGAGUUGGUGGAUGCCCGGAUUCAGCAAUGGGAGGAGGACAAUGCCGACUAUCUUGCCUCCCUCCCGCUCUUGUAUUGCAAUCAGCAUAAUUAAUAUUAUAUGAUUUGAUUUCAUUGUCUCUUUCCUUUCUUGGUUUUUAUGGAGCUUGUCGGUUAGAUUUUACUAGUAACUAAAAUAAGUUGUUUAUUGCU